AUGUACGAGAGAGAAAUACAAGUCAUUUGUGAUAAGUACAAAGUGGAUCUCUGUCCUGAAGUCAAGUUGAGUGUCCGAGCUCAGGGGCACUUUUCAGUAAAAAAGGCACAAGAUGAAUACAGCAAAAUCUUCCAGGAAGUCAUUCCAAAUCUUGAGAAAAGGUCCAUUCCUUUCCCUCCCGAUGUGAAGGACGAGAUGCCUAAAAUCCUGGCCAAGUAUUCAAAACUCAUGGCUGACAAAGUGAAGGAUGGAUAUUCACUGACCGGACCUCGGCAAGAAAUUGACUGUGCUGAGGGGAGGUUUGGAGAGCUGUGCAUAGGUCGGCAAGAGAAGAAUUCUGGGAGCAAGUUCCUUGAUGAGGGGUUUGACAUUAACCCUUUUCACUGCCACGUUCUCAGGCUGGAGUUCGCAGCAGAAUUAAUAGACAUCGAGAACAAGUACAAAGUUUUAAUUAACUUUCAUGACAAAGACUCAGAUAUGAAGAGACUGUGCAUCAAAUCACCAUUAGGGAGUUCCAGUAUGGUCAGGCAGGCUCUUGAGGUCCUCAUUUCCUUUUAUCAGACAGUUGGGACCAAUAUGGUAAUGGUGCAUUUGGAGAGAGGGGCAGAUCUCGAGGCUGUGGUUAAAGCCUGGCACACGGUGAGGAGCAAGUACAGAAAUAUGUUUGUAGAGAAUUCCAGAAUGUUCUCUUUGGCUGGGAUGAAAGAAACAGUGGUCGAGGCCGUCAAUGAGCUGCACGCCAUGUUGGGAAGGAAAGUGUUUCAGGAAGUCCCUGGUUUGGGCAAAUGGAGCGAUGUGAAGAUCAGCAAGCAGGCAGGAGGGAACAUGGAUGAUCAGGAUAACAAGUGCCCCAUCUGCCUCGAUUUUAUGAAGAAUAAAAAAACCCUGCAGUGUAAACACUCUUUCUGCACCUCGUGUAUUGAAAUGGCUCUGACCAACAGGAACUGCUGCCCUAUCUGCCAAACCGUGUUCGGCUCGAUGCAAGGAAACCAACCCGACGGCACCAUGUCUCAGCAUAUUCUGCAGUCCUCACUGCCAGGCUUCAACUGCCCCACCAUCGUCAUCAAGUACGACAUCCCGGACGGGAUUCAGCAGAGAUGUCACCCAAACCCGGGCCAGCGCUUCACAGGCACCUCGAGGACUGCGUAUCUCCCCAACAACCGGGAAGGACAACACGUGAUGAAGUUAUUGAAAAAAGCCUUCCACCUGAAGCAUAUCUUCACAGUGGGGACGUCAAUCACCUCGGGACAGAAGGACGUGGUGACCUGGAACGACAUCCACCACAAGACCAGCCAGUACGGAGGUCCACAGUCGUUCGGGUACCCAGACCCCGGGUAUCUCAGCCGGGUUUGUGAUGAGUUAAAGGCCAAAGGCAUCGUGUGACCCGCCUCCUGCUCCUGAAGACAAACCUCGGCUCAAUCAGCGGCCGCAGGAAUGGAAUCCUCUCGCUCGCUCGCUCGCUCACUCGCCGGCCAGACUCUGCCAAUGAAUUUUCUUCUCGAUUGUUUUACGCUCUGCGCUGCAGGAUAGCUCUGGGAUUCUCAGCAGGAUUUUCGGCUUCGUAGUGCUUGGAGUGAAAUCAUUAGCACGGACACACACACGGAUACACACGCACACAUAUACACACACAGACAUAUUCAAACGCAGACCCAUACGCACACGCAGACAUAUACAUACACACUAACACAGACAUGAUCACACGCGUCUGCACACACACAAACACAUUGACAGCCCUAUCAUAUUGGCGGAAGGUAAUUCAUGCCUCUCUCCCUCUUCAGCCUACACCCCCCCCACACCUGCUCCCUCGUCUAUUAGACAUGAUGAUGAUUUGUUGUCCUGUUAAUCUCCAGUCUUGCUCAGCCUCGCCUCGGACACAAAUAAUAAUAAAUAAUCCUUGUAUUUGA